CAACUUUAUCGUCUUCACACCAAGGCUCUCUCUGUCGGAGCCAUGCCAUCUUUUACAGAAGAACUGCCACUGCCUUCGCGCGAAAAGACGACACGGAGAGGCAUGUGGCGGAUAAUACGCGGCCGCGCUCGAUAGCUAGUUGGAUAACGUGGAGUCUGCGUUCUCGGAGUGUGAUGAUUUCCUUGAAUUCGUGGAAGCCUUUUCAUUUCCUUGACUUUCGCCGUGCUCUUGGCAUCUAGACGUGCAUUUGUUCGCCGGAAGGCGCCCGUCUUCUCGCCCCUUUUCCCGCAAACGUCCCGCUGCCCUCGCGCUCGGUCACUCGAGAGCCUAACCUGCUUCUGGUUUUGACAAGUCCCUGGUGAAGAGUCACUUUCAAAUCAACGCGAACUUUUCUCCCGGCACCAAGGGAUUCGCCUCUCUUUUUUUGCCUGCGUUUUUUCCGGUUCCUUUGCGACCGCAGCAAUUUGUCAAACAAGCCGUGGGUUCGAGACCCGCAAACCGGACGACGAGUGACUCGCGCGGGAUACCGGUGCGACUUAAGGUGUAUGUACACCCCAAAGCAGCGUUUUUCUCGAUCCAGAGCCGAGAAUCCUCUGGGCUCUCUGCGGCGCUUUGUUGAGAAUUUGUCGGAGGUUUUGACGGAAGUUGCUCCGAAUUCUGUAGAGACAUCGAAGUAUGUCCGGUGAACUCCCACUGACGCAACGCUGGCGCGAACGCGGUGUAUGCAAACAUCUCUUUGCAUCUGAAGACGAUUUCUUCGACGUUCUGCCUUCGAAACGCGCCAUCCUUCUCCUUUCUCUUUACUCUCUCGUCGGAGCCUCCUCGCGAAGCUCACUCGCCACAAGCAGCCGGGACCUUUUCGCUUGCUUCGCCUUCCACAUGCGCUCAGGCGAGCGAGAUUUCCUCGUCUCCCCCCCUCGCCGCUUCUUUCCAGUCUCUCUCGCGCAGUCGCCAAUUGUGUUCCACCCUCUGCUUCCCCUCUCUGCGUUCCGUUUGCGAGGCCGCUUCCCCUCUUCUAUAGAACUCUCGGGUGUCUCUCGAGCGCAUGCCUUACACGUUGCCGUCUCUGCUUUCUUGUCUUUAUACGUUUUGGCCUGAUCAAUUGUUUUCUUGAUUCGUCUUUGCCGGUCUCCCUUCGCUCUGGCGGUCUCCGCUCUCGGCUGUGUCGGUAGCACCUCAGUUCAGCUUCCUCUCCCAGUCCUGGUUUCUCUCUCUCCACUUGUCUGUCGUUUUCGGGAGAGCUGCUCCUCCGCUACGCUUCUCUUUCCUCUUCUCUCUCUCUGCUGCGUCCCCCGCCGGGCGGCACCCUCUUCUCGAUUGCUCGCUUCGACGCAGUCCAGCUUCUUCAUUUAUGCGCGGCACUCCUGUCGGCGUCGCUACUGUUCUCUCUCCUUCUGCUAUACUCGAGGUCAUCCAUCCUAAAACCAAGGAGCUUCACUAGCUUACUUCUCCCUCGCUCUUCUGUGAUUUCUGUUCCUUUCUCUGGCAUCCUCUCCUCACACGGCUGUCUCGUAUCCCUUACAGUCCACCCCCUUACAAUCCACCCUGUCUCCUCUCCACUCUAUCUCUUGUCUUCCCUUCUUUCUUCUCCACCUGCGGGUGUUCCUUCGUAUUCGCUUCUUCUUUUCUUACUCUUUUCUCCUCUUCUCCCUUCUUUCCUCUCUUCUUGUUCUCUCUUUUCUCUCCUCUCCCUUAUUCUCUUCUUCUCUUCUCUCUUCUCCUUCGCGCGAUGGCGCGGCUGUUUCGGAGUUGUUGCGGCUCUAUGCCCUUCGGCAUGGGCAGUGAAGCCAGUCAGACACACCGGAGUUCGCGCUCGGCUUCUUCGAAAACGGUGUCGAGCUCGAGCAGCGAAGAGAGCUGGGAGAGCAGCGACGCUGGAGAUGCGGAGAAAUCCGGCGGCGACUACCAACCGCCGAACGAUACGCAGGUGCAGCUCCUCGCGAAAAGGUGGAUCGGCCAUGUGCAACAGAGAGCUGCGAAAAUCUGGAGCAGAGAACAAGUCAUGCAAAUGUUCGAAACCAUCGCCAGGUCUGUGAACUUCACAGAAGAUCCAAUUCUGGGCGAUCCUUCUCCGAGCGCACCCUGCGUGCAGUGGCAUGGCGACAUUUCUCAGCAGCAAGGCCUUCCUGUCUUGCUGAUUCAGAAACCGAACAAUCCCAGCCCAACUUCCACUUACGUCUGUCGCGUCCUCGCCUUCCUCUUCGCCGACGACGCUUCGCUCAAACUCCUCAAACAAGUCGGCAAUAAACAGUGCGAGAUGAACUGCGGGAACACACACUGCGUGCGUCUGUCGCAUCUCGUCGGCUACACAAGCGCCUGGGCGCAGAAGUACCAAGCACCGAAGAAAGCGGCGCCGACCCCGAAAGGCAAAGGCGGCAAAAAGGCCCCGAAAGCGAAGGCAAAAAAGAAAGCUGAGGAAACAGGUUUCGCUAACUCACCUGCAUGUGCAGGUCUCCACACCCGCAAAAAGCUGCGCCCACAAUUAACAGACAAAUAUUACGUGUGUCUUCAAUGA